UUCCGAUUCUCUACAUAACUGCACAGAGCCAACCGGGGAGAGGGAGAGAGAGAGAGAGAGGGAGAGAGAGAGAAAGAGAAAGAGAGAGAGAGGGCGGGAGAGAGGGAGAGAGAGAGCACGAAAGCAGCGCCAGGAGCAGCGGCAGCAGCAGGGCCGGUCACCCUCGCCCCCUCCCUGCUCCUGUGCACGCCAGUGCAAGCCAUGUCCUAUCCUCAGGGUUACCUCUACCAGCCCCCCGGCUCGCUGGCUCUGUACUCCUGCCCGGCGUACGGGGCGUCGGCACUGGCGGCCCCCAGGAGCGAGGAGCUGGCCAGGUCUUCGUCGGGAUCGGCAUUCAGCCCUUACCCGGGAUCGGCAGCUUUCACCGCCCAGGCGGCGGCCACAGGCUUCACCAGCCCGCUCCAGUACUCCACAGACCCCGCCACGGGAUUCCCCUCCUACAUGGGCUCCCCUUACGACGCCCAUACGACUGGGAUGACCGGAGCCAUCAGCUACCAUCCGUACGGCAGCCCUGCCUACCCUUACCAGCUCAACGACCCCGCGUACAGGAAAAACGCCACCCGCGACGCCACAGCCACGCUGAAGGCCUGGCUGCAGGAGCACCGCAAGAACCCCUACCCCACCAAGGGCGAGAAGAUUAUGCUGGCCAUCAUCACCAAGAUGACCCUCACACAGGUCUCCACCUGGUUCGCCAACGCCCGCCGGCGGCUCAAGAAGGAGAACAAGAUGACCUGGGCCCCGCGGAACAAGAGCGAGGACGAGGACGACGACGAAGGCGACGGGGCGAGGAGUAAAGAGGAGAGUCCCGAGAAGAUGCCCGAGAGCAACGAAACCUCCGCGGAGGACGAAGGGAUCAGCUUGCAAGUCGACUCGCUGACGGACCACUCCUGCUCUGCCGAGUCGGAUGGCGAGAAGCUGCCCUGCCGAGCCGGCGACCCCCUCUGCGAGUCGGGUUCGGAGUGCAAGGACAAGUACGAGGACGUCGAGGAGGAGGAGGACGACGACGACGAGGAGGACGAGGACGACGAGGAGGACAUCGAGGAGGACGACGGCGGCGGCGGGGAGCGCGACCCGCCGGCCAAGCCCGCCACCUCCUCGCCGCUGGCCGCCGUGGAGGCUCCUCUGCUCGGCCACCCGCACGCCGACGCCGCCCGCAGCGCCAGCAAGGCGGCGCUGGGCGGCCGCGCCUCCCCCGGGCCCCCGACGACGGCCAGCAAGCCCAAGCUCUGGUCGCUGGCCGAAAUCGCCACCUCGGACCUCAAGAGCCAGAACCUGGGCCAAGGCUGCCAGCCUGCGGCGUUGUCCUCGGCCACCCCCGCCUCCGCCCCGCACAGCGCUGCCUACUCGCCCUCCUCCCUCCUGGGGAGGCAUAUUUAUUACACCUCACCUUUUUAUAGCAAUUAUACAAACUAUGGGAACUUUAACGCUCUCCAGAGCCAGGGAAUCCUGAGAUACAACUCGGCAGCAGUGGCUUCAAACGAGGGACUAAGUCAGACUGUCCUAAAUGCCAGUUCUGUUCACAAGCAGAGCAGUGACUCUUUGAAAACGAUCACUAACCAGCUAGAACAGCAUUACAGGCCAUCUAGUUAUGACUCAAAGAAAGAUCCCACUGAAGUCUGCACAGUAGGAGUACAACCAUACCUAUAGAAGUGCAAUCACACAGCAAUGCAAGUAGGUGUCACAAUUGCUUUGAAAAAAGUCAGCAAGCCAUCAUCUCUCCCCGAGCUAAUAUAUAUAACAAAUCUCUAAAUCCGGAUCACAUCUUGUGCCACUGUAUAAAAGAAGACCACAGAGCACUAUUAAAUCUUCAGACUCUAAUUAUUAAACCAGAAUUUUGUUGGACAUAAUGUGAGUUUUCUGGUAUAGUAUAGUUUCCCCAAUGUAUGUGUGAUUUUUGAAAACAGAUAUGUUUUUCUCAGGAUAUCUUGAAUUGAUCACUUCAUUGCCACGGUAUAUAUUCGAUAGGUGUGAUAGGAUUUAUUGUAAAAUUUAUUUGUAAAAGAUGUAUACUGUAGAGAUAAUAAAGACGUGAUUGGAGAACUUGAGUCCUUACAAAGUGGAAACAAAUUUGAUAUUUAUUUUUGUAACGAUAUAAAGCUUCUAGUAAUUUAUGCAAGUUGUAUUGCAAUGGAAUCUGAACUUUUUGUAAAUAAAUUUUGCCUGGUUUUUAUUUGAAACGUUGAUGGUUAUACA